AUGCCGGGAACAGUACACAUCAAAUAUGGAAAUCCCUCGUCUCAGCAAUCGAAGCAAACCCAUAAUACCCAUCUGAAGAAUGGAACUAAACGCAUGUGGGACGGCAGUCCGAAGCAAGAAUCCGGCACGAAACACAACAGCGUCAAAAAUCGUCCCACACACCCGACUGAUACCCCCAGGGACAAGACCGGCACCUCUUUGGUCGCGCCGCAGAAGAACAAGAUACAGGGAACCCCCCGAUCCGAGGGGACUGUCAGAAAGACGUCGUCCACUACUGGCUUGUCAAAUAGAAGUACCGCAGCGCCUAGCAAGAUGGUCAAUGGUCCUGGUGGAAUUUACAGUCAGAAGCCUGAUCGCCAGGCUCUCCGCAGAGCUGCUCUUCAACUCGAAAAGACCCGGCAGAAUUUGCCCAUAUGGUCCAAGAGGGCGGAUAUCCGUUUUGCAUUGAGGCACAACGAUAUCCUGCUCAUCAACGGUGAAACAGGCUCUGGAAAAAGUACCCAGGUGCCACAAUUCCUGUACACCGAACCCUGGUGCAAGAAGCAGACAGUGAAAAUUGAAAAGGAGGGAAGGACGGAAGAAAUCUCUGUGGGAGGCAUGAUCGCAAUUACACAACCGCGUCGAGUUGCUGCCAUGACACUGGCAUCGCGUGUUGCUCGUGAGAUGGGAACUCCUCUUGCGAAAGGGGCUGUUUCUGGAGAAGUUGGCUAUGCUGUACGAUUCGACUCCCUCGUACCUGCAGGCGCGAGGAUAAAGUUUCUUACCGAAGGAAUGCUGCUGCAGGAGAUGUUGCAUGACCCGAAUCUGCGAAAAUAUAGCGCUGUGGUUGUGGACGAAAUACACGAGAGGAGCAUCGAUGUGGACCUUAUCGCUGGGUUUCUGAGGAACAUAGUCCAUGGUGACAAGAGGGGUCGGGGAGGUAUUCCCCUGAAGAUUGUGAUCAUGAGUGCAACGCUUGACUUGGGAGGCAUCGAAGCAUUCUUUGCAAGACCAGCAUCUCAACCGAACUACAAGCCAGGUAAAAACCAUGGCAGGAUACUUGCACCCCACCUAUUAAAUAGCGAUAUUGAUGAUACUGCAGAGUCCGAGAACUCGCUUCUCUCCAACGAGAGCUUCUCUUCCUGGGGUGGGUUCAGUGAUCUGGUUGAAGGUGGUGAAACGGGACAAGAUGCGUCGCAAACUUUCGAAGACGGUCCUGCUGCGAAGAGAAACAAGUCAACCAAGUCACCACCUGGAAUCCGGUCUAGCAAGGGGAACCAGGAUUCGGACGAUAGUCUACAAUCCGCCCAUGAGAAAAACGGAGUGGCCGUCCAAUAUAUUCGGGGGAGGCAGUAUGAGGUGGACAUCAUGUACGAAGUCUCUCCAUCAUUGGACUAUCUCCAUACGAUACUGCAGAUAGUUCUAAAAUUGCACGUCACUGAACCUCUCCCUGGAGACAUCCUAGUCUUCCUUACCGGUCAGGACGAGAUUGAGAGCUUGCGGACCGAACUCGAGAACUAUGCUGAGAAGCUUGUCAAAACCCAACCUCGGAUGAAGGUGAUGCCACUCUAUGGUGCCCUUUCAGCACAAGCACAGCAAGACGCCUUCGAGAAGGUGAAGGAGAAGUUUACUCGCAAAGUCGUCCUCGCCACGAAUAUCGCGGAGACUUCGGUGACGGUCUCCGGGGUCCGCUUCGUUGUGGAUUGUGGCAAGUCUAAGGUGAAACAAUAUCGUCCGCGCUUGGGGUUGGAGUCUCUCCUGUCAAAGCCAAUAUCCAGAGUCUCAGCUAUCCAACGAAUGGGACGAGCCGGCCGAGAAGCCCCAGGGAAAUGCUUCAGGAUUUACACUGAGGACGACUAUCUUAAGCUUGACCAAGACGAACUUCCGGAGAUUCUACGCAGUGAUGUCAUUGAGGCCGUUCUCAAAAUGAAGUCUCGAGGCGUUGGCAAUAUUUCCGAAUUCCCCCUCAUGGACUCCCCUGACCCUAUGGCGAUCCAGAAUGCCCUGAAACAAUUGCACAUGAUGGGAGCCGUUGACGACGAGGGAAAUAUUUCAUCGCUCGGGAAGAAAAUGGCUACUUUCCCCCUGCCAGCUGCGUACAGCCGCGUCCUCAUUGCUGCCGCUGACCCUGAAGCCAACAUUUUACUGGAAGCUAUAGACGUCAUCUCGUGCUUGACGACAGAUUCGGAGAUAUUUAUACAACCCAAAUCCGAGGAAGACCAGGAGAGGAUCACAGACGCUCGGAAGGAUAUACUGUCUCCGGAUGGUGACAUAAUCACUCUACUCGCAGUCAUCAGGAGGUUCGCUUGCGAGAAAACCGAUCGUGGUGAAUGGUGCCGUCAACGAGUCUUGUCUCCACGAGCAAUGAAGAUGGCAAUGCAAAUCCGCCAGCAACUACAGCAGAUUUGCCACCAGCAGAAACUCCUGACAAAGCUGCCGGCGGAGCCAACGACUUUCGAGCCACUUUCCGCGGAGCGAAUGGUCGUUCUGCUCAAGGCCUUCAUGAAGGCAUUUGCUUCCAAAACAGCCCUGCUAGCUCCCGACGGAAGUUACGUCAUGACAUCUGGAAGGAAUGCGAUCUCGGUACAUCCAUCCAGCGUAUUAUAUGGACAGAAAAAGACUGAGGCGAUUAUGUUUCUGGACCAUGUGUUUACGGCAAAGAACUACGCGAAGAAAGUUAGCCCUGUUCAAGCCAACUGGAUUGAAGAGGCUUUCGCAAUUUAG